AUGAAUCCAGCCACCAUUACAGUGGAUGACGACCAAAUGGACGACGACAUAGACGUUGAAAUGCUAGAAUCAACACAGGAAUUGUGGAAAUUCCCCAAGCCGACGUCAAAUAACUCUGAGAUUACCUCACAGCAGCCGAGCACAUCCAGUGCAGCUGCUGCUGCUAAUGCCAACAAAGCUGUUCCAACAGCUGCCACCAAACAGCAGACGCUGUACGAUUUGAUGAACCAACACGAGACGCUUAAGCAAAAACUGCAAACGCCAAAAAGAGCCAGCAAGAGGCUGACGAAGGAAAAACCCGUUGCUAGCCAAAAGAAAAAGACACCAAACCCCGAGUCCGGUGCUACUGAAACUCCCGCCGACAAUCAAGCUCGCACUCCAAGUAACCGCUUCAGGUCGCUGGCAGAAGAACUCGAGAUGAACAUCUCGGAUAUUGACGACAGUGAAGAGGACGACUCGAUCGGACAAUUAGCACCCACUAGCAAUGCUGCUAAAGCCACUACAGCCGCCGAAGCUGCAGACGUGACCACCGCUUCUGUCGAAGACUCGCAAAUUCCCCAGCAAAUUCGUCCCGAACAUCUGGACCCUGAUCCACUGAUAUUGCCACCGAGCCCAAAUGAGCCUGGAAAUAGAGAAAGGGCACUGAUUAACACAGUUCAACACUAUAACAACAACACCAACUACAGCACUGUGAGUGUCCUUCCCGGCCGCCAUGGCCUGACGGCGGACAGCCAAAGCACAACUGCCAUAUUGCCGCCUGCGGCGACUGGUACGCCGACUGUGCACGAUCCGGAUGACGGAGUUACAGACAGGGACUCCUCGGCUCCCCAAAUUGAUGAGAUCGACCACGCUCUGUGGUCCAUGGCACUGCCAGCCACAAGCUCUAAUGCUGGAAACAUCAUCGCUCAGACACUGCCGAGUUCCGUGGCAGCGGCAACGCCAGUGGCACAGAGUAUGCUUCAGACAGGCCAGGCUGAUGCCGAACAAACAUCACCAGCCAUUGUGCCACCUGCGGCAGGCUCCACAGCCGCUGCUGACAGGCACACAAUUGCAACGACUGUUAACUCGAGUCCAUCUGCAGUCAGCGAUGAACUGGCUACUACACUGGACAGGUCGCCGCAUGCUGUGGCAGAUUCGCCUGGCCUGGCGGUGGCCACACUAACUUCACCAGCCAUCUUGCCACGUGCGGCUGUAAACGCACCAAAGGCUCCCGAGCACAACGCCAGCUUCUCAGCACCAGGCCCUCUGGCUGCACUAAUGCUUGUGACUCCAAAUACAUCUGGAAGAAGAAGGAAGCAAGACAUUAAUACAGCUCCAACACACAAGACAGGCACAGCUCACACAACCAUCGAAGACCGCUGCUCUAUGGAGACCGAUCAGGCACCGUCAGUACUAGCGACACUCGCAGUCAACAAGGCACCCCCCGCUGUUGGACAGCAGGCAGGCCAGGCUGAGGCCGAACAAACAUUAACAGCCAUUGCGCCACCUGCGGCAGGCUCCACAACCGCUGCUGAUAGGCACACAGUUGCAACGAUUGUUAACUCGAGUCCAUCUGCAGUCAGCGAUGAACUGGCUUCUACACUGGACAGGUCGCCGCAUGCAGUGGCAGAGUCGCCUGGCCUGUCGGUGGCCACACUUACUUCACCAGCCAUCUUGCCACGUGCGGCUGUAAACGCUCCAAAGGCUCCCGAGCACAACGCCAGUUUCUCAGCACCAGGUCCUCUGGCUACACUAAUAUCUGUGACUCCAAAUACAUCUGAAAGAAGAAGGAAGCAAGACAUUAAUACAGCUCCGGCACGCAAGGCAGGCACAGCUUACACAACCAUCGAAGACCGCUGCUUGAUGGAGACCGAUCAGGCACCGUCAGUACUAGCGACACUCGCAGUCAACAAUGCACCCCCCGCUGUUGGACAGCAGGCAGGCCAGGUAGAGGCCGAACAAACAUUAACAGCCAUUGCGCAACCUGCGGCAGGCUCCACAGCCGCUGCUGAUAGGCACACAAUUGCAACGAUUGUUAACUCGAGUCCAUCUGCAGUCAGCGAUGAACUGGCUUCUACACUGGACAGGUCGCCGCAUGCUGUGGCAGAUUCGCCUGGCCUGGCGGUGGCCACACUAACUUCACCAGCCAUCUUGCCACGUGCGGCUGUAAACGCACCAAAGGCUCCCGAGCACAACGCCAGCUUCUCAGCACCAGGCCCUCUGGCUGCACUAAUGCUUGUGACUCCAAAUACAUCUGGAAGAAGAAGGAAGCAAGACAUUAAUACAGCUCCAACACACAAGACAGGCACAGCUCACACAACCAUCGAAGACCGCUGCUCAAUGGAGACCGAUCAGGCACCGUCAGUACUAGCGACACUCGCAGUCAACAAGGCACCCCCCGCUGUUGGACAGCAGGCAGGCCAGGCUGAGGCCGAACAAACAUUAACAGCCAUUGCGCCACCUGCGGCAGGCUCCACAACCGCUGCUGAUAGGCACACAGUUGCAACGAUUGUUAACUCGAGUCCAUCUGCAGUCAGCGAUGAACUGGCUUCUACACUGGACAGGUCGCCGCAUGCAGUGGCAGAGUCGCCUGGCCUGUCGGUGGCCACACUUACUUCACCAGCCAUCUUGCCACGUGCGGCUGUAAACGCUCCAAAGGCUCCCGAGCACAACGCCAGUUUCUCAGUACCAGGUCCUCUGGCUGCACUAAUAUCUGUGACUCCAAAUACAUCUGAAAGAAGAAGGAAGCAAGACAUUAAUACAGCUCCGGCACGCAAGGCAGGCACAGCUUACACAACCAUCGAAGACCGCUGCUUGAUGGAGACCGAUCAGGCACCGUCAGUACUAGCGACACUCGCAGUCAACAAUGCACCCCCCGCUGUUGGACAGCAGGCAGGCCAGGUAGAGGCCGAACAAACAUCAACAGCCAUUGCGCAACCUGCGGCAGGCUCCACAGCCGCUGCUGAUAGGCACACAAUUGCAACGAUUGUUAACUCGAGUCCAUCUGCAGUCAGCGAUGAACUGGCUUCUACACUGGUCAGGUCGCCGCAUGCAGUGGCAGAGUCGCCUGGCCUGGCGGUGGCCACACUUACUUCACCAGCCACCUUGCCACGUGCGGCUGUAAACGCCCCAAAGGCUCCCGAGCACAACGCCAGCUUCUCAGCACCAGGUCCUCUGGCUGCACUAAUAUCUGUGACUCCAAAUACAUCUGAAAGAAGAAGGAAGCAAGACAUUAAUACAGCUCCGACACACAAGACAGGCACAGCUCACACAACCAUCGAAGACCGCUGCUCGAUGGAGACCGAUCAGGCACCGUCAGUAAUAGCGACACUCGCAGUCAGCAAGACACUCCCCGCUGUUGGACAGCAGGCAGGCCAGGCUGAGGCCGAACAAACAUUACCAGCCAAUGCGCCACCUGCGGCAGGCUCCACAGCCGCUGCUGCUAGGCACACAAUUGUAACGACUGUUAACACGAGUCCAUCUGCAAUCAGCGAAGAACGGGCUUCUACUCUGGACAGGUCGCCGCAUGCUGAGGCAGAGUCGCCUGGACUGGCGGUGGCCACACUAACUAAACCAGCCAUCUUGCCACGGGCGGCUGUAAACGCACCAAGGGCUCCCGAGCACAACGCUAGCUUCUCAGCACCAGGUCCUCUGGCUGCACUAAUCACUGUGAGUGUCCUUCCCGGCCGCCAUGGCCUGACGGCGGACAGCCAAAGCACAACUGCCAUAUUGCCGCCUGCGGCGACUGGUACGCCGACUGUGCACGAUCCGGAUGACGGAGUUACAGACAGGGACUCCUCGGCUCCCCAAAUUGAUGAGAUCGACCACGCUCUGUGGUCCAUGGCACUGCCAGCCACAAGCUCUAAUGCUGGAAACAUCAUCGCUCAGACACUGCCGAGUUCCGUGGCAGCGGCAACGCCAGUGGCACAGAGUAUGCUUCAGACAGGCCAGGCUGAUGCCGAACAAACAUCACCAGCCAUUGUGCCACCUGCGGCAGGCUCCACAGCCGCUGCUGACAGGCACACAAUUGCAACGACUGUUAACUCGAGUCCAUCUGCAGUCAGCGAUGAACUGGCUACUACACUGGACAGGUCGCCGCAUGCUGUGGCAGAUUCGCCUGGCCUGGCGGUGGCCACACUAACUUCACCAGCCAUCUUGCCACGUGCGGCUGUAAACGCACCAAAGGCUCCCGAGCACAACGCCAGCUUCUCAGCACCAGGCCCUCUGGCUGCACUAAUGCUUGUGACUCCAAAUACAUCUGGAAGAAGAAGGAAGCAAGACAUUAAUACAGCUCCAACACACAAGACAGGCACAGCUCACACAACCAUCGAAGACCGCUGCUCUAUGGAGACCGAUCAGGCACCGUCAGUACUAGCGACACUCGCAGUCAACAAGGCACCCCCCGCUGUUGGACAGCAGGCAGGCCAGGCUGAGGCCGAACAAACAUUAACAGCCAUUGCGCCACCUGCGGCAGGCUCCACAACCGCUGCUGAUAGGCACACAGUUGCAACGAUUGUUAACUCGAGUCCAUCUGCAGUCAGCGAUGAACUGGCUUCUACACUGGACAGGUCGCCGCAUGCAGUGGCAGAGUCGCCUGGCCUGUCGGUGGCCACACUUACUUCACCAGCCAUCUUGCCACGUGCGGCUGUAAACGCUCCAAAGGCUCCCGAGCACAACGCCAGUUUCUCAGCACCAGGUCCUCUGGCUACACUAAUAUCUGUGACUCCAAAUACAUCUGAAAGAAGAAGGAAGCAAGACAUUAAUACAGCUCCGGCACGCAAGGCAGGCACAGCUUACACAACCAUCGAAGACCGCUGCUUGAUGGAGACCGAUCAGGCACCGUCAGUACUAGCGACACUCGCAGUCAACAAUGCACCCCCCGCUGUUGGACAGCAGGCAGGCCAGGUAGAGGCCGAACAAACAUUAACAGCCAUUGCGCAACCUGCGGCAGGCUCCACAGCCGCUGCUGAUAGGCACACAAUUGCAACGAUUGUUAACUCGAGUCCAUCUGCAGUCAGCGAUGAACUGGCUUCUACACUGGACAGGUCGCCGCAUGCUGUGGCAGAUUCGCCUGGCCUGGCGGUGGCCACACUAACUUCACCAGCCAUCUUGCCACGUGCGGCUGUAAACGCACCAAAGGCUCCCGAGCACAACGCCAGCUUCUCAGCACCAGGCCCUCUGGCUGCACUAAUGCUUGUGACUCCAAAUACAUCUGGAAGAAGAAGGAAGCAAGACAUUAAUACAGCUCCAACACACAAGACAGGCACAGCUCACACAACCAUCGAAGACCGCUGCUCAAUGGAGACCGAUCAGGCACCGUCAGUACUAGCGACACUCGCAGUCAACAAGGCACCCCCCGCUGUUGGACAGCAGGCAGGCCAGGCUGAGGCCGAACAAACAUUAACAGCCAUUGCGCCACCUGCGGCAGGCUCCACAACCGCUGCUGAUAGGCACACAGUUGCAACGAUUGUUAACUCGAGUCCAUCUGCAGUCAGCGAUGAACUGGCUUCUACACUGGACAGGUCGCCGCAUGCAGUGGCAGAGUCGCCUGGCCUGUCGGUGGCCACACUUACUUCACCAGCCAUCUUGCCACGUGCGGCUGUAAACGCUCCAAAGGCUCCCGAGCACAACGCCAGUUUCUCAGUACCAGGUCCUCUGGCUGCACUAAUAUCUGUGACUCCAAAUACAUCUGAAAGAAGAAGGAAGCAAGACAUUAAUACAGCUCCGGCACGCAAGGCAGGCACAGCUUACACAACCAUCGAAGACCGCUGCUUGAUGGAGACCGAUCAGGCACCGUCAGUACUAGCGACACUCGCAGUCAACAAUGCACCCCCCGCUGUUGGACAGCAGGCAGGCCAGGUAGAGGCCGAACAAACAUCAACAGCCAUUGCGCAACCUGCGGCAGGCUCCACAGCCGCUGCUGAUAGGCACACAAUUGCAACGAUUGUUAACUCGAGUCCAUCUGCAGUCAGCGAUGAACUGGCUUCUACACUGGUCAGGUCGCCGCAUGCAGUGGCAGAGUCGCCUGGCCUGGCGGUGGCCACACUUACUUCACCAGCCACCUUGCCACGUGCGGCUGUAAACGCCCCAAAGGCUCCCGAGCACAACGCCAGCUUCUCAGCACCAGGUCCUCUGGCUGCACUAAUAUCUGUGACUCCAAAUACAUCUGAAAGAAGAAGGAAGCAAGACAUUAAUACAGCUCCGACACACAAGACAGGCACAGCUCACACAACCAUCGAAGACCGCUGCUCGAUGGAGACCGAUCAGGCACCGUCAGUAAUAGCGACACUCGCAGUCAGCAAGACACUCCCCGCUGUUGGACAGCAGGCAGGCCAGGCUGAGGCCGAACAAACAUUACCAGCCAAUGCGCCACCUGCGGCAGGCUCCACAGCCGCUGCUGCUAGGCACACAAUUGUAACGACUGUUAACACGAGUCCAUCUGCAAUCAGCGAAGAACGGGCUUCUACUCUGGACAGGUCGCCGCAUGCUGAGGCAGAGUCGCCUGGACUGGCGGUGGCCACACUAACUAAACCAGCCAUCUUGCCACGGGCGGCUGUAAACGCACCAAGGGCUCCCGAGCACAACGCUAGCUUCUCAGCACCAGGUCCUCUGGCUGCACUAAUGUUAGUGACUCCAAAUACAGCUGAAAGAAGAAGGAAGCAAAAUAUUAACAACAACAACAACAUCAACAACAACGCUACUCACCAGACACCAGGCAACUCAGCACUAGCAGCAACUAGCCACUCCGCACACGCCACAACGCUAACUACGGCCGGCAGCACACCUUCCGACACAUCAGACACAGAAGUGCUGGAAGCUGAGUGUUGCCUGCCAUAA